AUGACACGUUGCUCGAUUGCGAAGGAUAAUCAUUCCUUUAUGUCUGAUUCGGAAGGCGAGUUCGUUGUGACUUCAACCGCUGAAAACUUAAACCACAUUGUUGGAGAGGCCUUCCGCCUCGCUUAUACCCAACAGCGUCUCUUGGGUGAAAGUCGUCGGGUUGGGGCGCAGACUCAGACAACAGCAGUUCCUUCCCACGAUCUCGAGGAAGCUCCCUGCCUCCAGUCGAAUCUAGUCGUGGAAGCUAGUGUAAGCUCUGAGGAGACAGCCGUCGUCCUGGCCACCAACAUUGCUGCUUCCAGCACCUCUGCCACAGUGUCUUCUGCUGUUCCAGAGAACCCCGAACAGGGCUAUUCACAGGACUCAGGUCUCAGGUCAGUGUCUUAUCACUCUCCGCCUAUACAUAUUGCCAUGCAUAAUCUGUAG